UUGUGAGUUGGUUGAUCAUUUCGGAGCAAGUAAACGCUAAUUUGCAGCGUUUAUUUUGGGUAUUCAUGGAGAAGUGAAAGUUUAAAAUGUUAUGUGCAAGGCAGAUUUAUUGUCUUGAUAAUGGAUUUGUGCAAGUAAUAUGCAUUAGUGCUGAAGAACAAAAAAUGUGCAUUUAUUUUUGAGUUAAAUAGUAACGAGUACAUUGCUGUGAAAGUGGCUGCAUUUCCUGGGGGCUAGCCGAUGGAGUGAUCAAUGAGCUAGCUCCUCAACAUGAAUCGUUGCGUCAUGCCUGCGCUGUUUUCUCCGUCGAGCUUAGUGAUUCUUGUCUUCCUAGUAUUAGGACUCAGCACCUACGGAGCAAGUGCUGAAAAGAACAAAUACUAUCACAUAUCUACAUUAUGUGGACAAAAAAUAUUUCAUCCACUAUACAAGAAGAUUGAUGGAGUUGUGCUUACCUCAGAUAGUGAAGAUGAUCUUAAAUGUGUCAUCACAUUCCAAACAGACUCCAUUCUUCAAAAAUUCAUGUUGCGAUUUGACCAUCUAGCUCUGGACUGUAAUGACCAUCUCUUUGUGUAUGAUGGAGACAAUGCCUAUGGCACCCACAAGGCCCACCUGUCUUGCCGUAGCACCAGGGGUAAUGUGGGCACAAUCUUCACUCAGAGCAAUUUCGUCACUUUGAAAUACCUUACAGAUGAGUGGAGCAAAUCCGGAAAUGGUUUCAAGUUAGUCAUAACUGCCUUCAAGACAUCUCCUGUAGGAUGUCAAGAUUUCCAGUGCUUGAACACUUUCUGUAUAUCUGAGGAUUUAACUUGUGACAACAUUAACCACUGUGGGGAUAACAGUGAUGAAACCAGCUUGGCCCUUUGUCCAA